AUGGGUGAUGAGCCUUCUAAAAAUGGGAAAAAAGGUCACAAAUAUGGUGGUAGAGGAUCUGUGAAUGAGAAAGGCAAUGAAGUUGGAUCAAAAGCUAAUGGAAAUCUAAAAGGUGAUAGUAAAGGAGGCUCCCCAAGUAUUGGUGGUGGUGGUGGUAUGAAAGGAGGAGGAGUCGAUAGUGAAGAAGGUCCCCCAGGUUUUGGUGGUGGUGGUGGUGGUGGUGGUGGUGGUACCAAAGGAGUAGGUAUUACCAAAAGUUUUGGUAGUCUAGGAGGAAAAGGAAGUGUUGCAUGGUUCCAAGGUUAUGGCAACGAUGGAAAUACAAUAACUGAUAGUGAAGAAGCCCCCCCAAGUUUUGGUGGUGGUGGUGGUGGUACGAAAGGAGGAGGUAGUGUCAACGGUGCUAGUAGCCCAAGUGGAGGAGGAAGUGGAGGAAUGGAUAGUGAAGAAGGUCCCCUAGGUUUUGGUGGUGUUGGUACCAAUGGAGUACGUAGUACCGAAAAUGUUGGUAGUCUAAGAGAGGAAGUGUUGCAAAGUUCUAUAGUUAUGGCAAUGGUGGAAAUGUAG